UGGGUUAGAGAGUCUCUCCGGGCCAGCCGUGGUAUAAAAGCGGGGACACCUCGGCGGCGCCGUGUCGAGCAUCACCAGCACCAUGGAGAGCAUCACCAGCACCAUGCAGAGCAUCACCAGCACCAUGCAUGCUCCUCGCAGGUUCCUGCUUUGUUGUCUCCUGGCGUGCCUCGGACUUCAGGCACUCGGGAGUGAAAUCAUAAACGGGGGACAGGCUCCGGAAAAGGAAUUUCUGUACAUGGCCUCAGUGCAAGUCAACGGAAGUCACGCAUGUGGAGGAUUCCUCAUCGAUCAAAGCUUUGUGGUCACCGCAGCGCACUGUGGAGAACCCACCGGCGUCGUUCUUGGAACCCACAAUCUCCAGGAGCAGAUGGUUAAGAAAGUCAACCGGUACGACAUAAAACUCAGGUGCAGGCAUCCAUCUUAUGAGAACGUUGCAAAAGGGGAUGACAUCAUGCUCCUCAAACUGUCGAGGAAAGCUCGACUGGAUAAAAGACUCAACCUGAUUCAACUUCCCAAAGCUGAGAUGAAGAUAAAAGAUAAAUGCACUGUAGCCGGAUGGGGUUUUACAAAAACCGGGGGUGCAGUUGUUGAUCGGCUGAACGUGGUUGACGUGCCCGUCGUGAACCGGGAGGACUGCAGGAAGCGAUGGGCUAAAAUCCAACAAAACCUUCCUGCCAAUGUCAUCUGUGCAGGCGGCUACCCUACAAAAGAAGGAUUCUGUCAGGGUGAUUCUGGUGGCCCUCUGGUGUGCAAUGGGAGGGCGGUUGGUGUCGUGUCUUACAACAUGGAGAACAACUGUGAUUACCCAAAUGUACCCAACGUUUAUACAAACAUAUCAAAGUACCUUCCCUGGAUCAAGAAGAUUCUCAAGAAAAAAAACUGUACAAAUUGAGCAUAAUUUGAUUGCUGUAGUGCAGAUUUCCACUUCCUCAUCAGGUCAGCUGACAUAAAACCCCUCGUUAAAACUCUCCUUUACAGAUUGGCCUUUCUAAACAAA